UCCGCACACUGCCGCGCGUUAAAAAUAUAGCGUAUAUACGUUUCUUCGAUCAUGCCCGACGAGCAUGUGGCGGUCAGCCAUUCGUCACUUCUCAACUUGGCCGCCGAUGAUGGGGAUCUUUAUUAAGGUUUUCCGCCCGGCCGAGUCUGCGACAAACUUACCUUAGGAUUAAAACUUUCCCAAACAAUCUCAGAACCAUCCGUAUUCAACCCACGAAUAUAUAUCGCCAUGCCUGCCUCCGCUUCGAAAUUAGUUGCGACCAUCCGGGGUUGGACCCAGUGCGUCAACGAGAAGAGAUGGAACGACCUGCCCAAGUAUGUGCAUUCGACAUACAGCCAGAAUGGCAUAGAAUACACGCCCGAGUCGUGGGCGACGCACCUUAGGGAGCACGUAGCUCCUCAGCUAGGAGGAGAUAUCAUCAUUAAUGAAGACAGCAUUAUUGUGGAUGAGAAUACUCAAUGUGCCUCGUUCUCGAUAUGGGUCAAAUUCAAACCGGAGGUGCCUCUCCUAGGUUAUCUACCCAAGGGUCGCGAUAUCCUACUGGUUGAACGAGGCUUUGUUUGGUUUACCGAUGGCAAGCUGUCAAGAGCUUUGCUCGCGGUGAAUAGCGACGACAUACGCAAGCAACUAGCGGAUCCCGACACCGACUUUGCGCCCAAUCUCAUCAGCGAGGAGCCCGUACCUAAGAUAGAAGCGCCACUGCCCCGCAAGAAGCUCGAGGAAAUUUACAGAGCCUACGUCGACAGCUUUAACGCCCGCCGAACCCAGUCGGAGUAUGCCAAGUACGUCCACCGGCCAGAAGCCGCGCUCAACAACAAGACCUUAGCUCGUCGCAUUAUGGACGACACGGUGACGGCCAUCCCGGACCUUCAAGUGCACAUUCACACCCUAAUAGCCGACGAGGAAUCGCAACGCGUAGCAGUGUGGCUGAAGUUUACCGGAACACCCGUUAAGGAAUACGCCGGAUUAGUAGCCGAUGGUAAUGCAGUCCAAUUCACCGAGCAUGCGACGUAUCAGUUUGUGGACGGUAAAAUCCAGCGAAUUUGGGGAUUCAUGGAUUGGGAUGAGGCAAGACAGCAGCAAAGACCCGCGGGGCCAAAACCUAUACCGGUGGUUUAGGGGGUUGACGUUAAGGCUUUGACAUAAUACAUGUUUUUGUUGUUGAUAUUGAUAUUUCGGGUUUCUACUUCGAACAAAAAUGUCUCUAGGCUCUAGGUUGCCAAACAGUACUAGACUAGAAGACGCCUAUAUUUAUUAGAUAUUCUUCUGCGAGGACAGCAAUAAUACCAUUAUUAUUAUUA